GAUUCUACACCCACCAACUACUCACAAACUACUACCCAAUUCUAUACCCACCAACCACUUACAAACUAUCAUCCAAUUCUAUACUCAUCAACCACUCACAAAUCACUAUACAAUUCUAUAUCUAUCAAUCACUUACAAAUUAUUAUUCAAUUCUAUAUCUAUUAAUUAUUUAUAAACUAUCAUACAAUUCUAUAUUUAUUAAUCAUUUACAAACCACUAUACGAUUCUAUAUCCACCAAUCACUUACAAACUACCAUCCAAUUCUACACCCACCAACUACUCACAAACCACUAUACGACUCUACACCCACCAACCACUCACAAACCACCAUACGACUCUACACUCACCAACUACUUACAAAUUAUUAUCCAAUUCUAUAUCUAUUAAUCAAUUAUAAACCAUUAUACAAUUCUACACUCAUUAACUAUUUACAAACUACCAUCCGAUUCUACACCCACCAACCACUCACAAACCACCACACGAUUCUACACCAACCAACCACUCACAAACUACCAUCCGAUUCUAUACCCACAACAAAAACCUCGAACCGACCACAAGGCAUCUAUUCUUCCAAAAUGGAGCCAGGCAACGAAAGAAGAGUUGCCCAAAAAGUGCCAGAGGAUGAUGAAAUUAAAGGUGUUGAGCUUUUGUUUUUCAUGAAAGCAAAGCCUGUAUCCGAUGCCGACGCUAUCUUCAUUGAAUCUGUGCGUCAACAAGGGGGAUCCCCUAUCUCCGAUGAACAGCUCGAAACUGGGAGCUGUCAAGACACAAUUUCUUGGCGAGGGUCUCCUACACCCGAGGACCUCCCAAUGUCACCACCUAAGUUGGGUAGCCCAUGGGACAGCAGGGAUACCAAGCCGGCUCAUGAAGCUACCCCUCAACCAGUCGAACACGGUCCCGCGAAACGACAGCGGGGAGCCAAGGGUACCGGGCGUAUCCCUGCUGCAUCUGCCAUCAAAGCUGCUCGUCACAAAAAGAAGAGCGACACCAGAAAGCGACGAGCUGCUACACCCGGGCCGCCAAUGACCGCGGAACAAAAGAGGGCGGCUAAAGAAGCUAGGGACGCCGCGGACAGGAUGCACCUGCAACGGUCGUUCAAAAAGCGCGACAGAGGAGAGGUCGGUCUUGCAUUGAAUGCCAUCGGUGCUCCACUACCAGGGGCGGGGAUCCCAGCCGAGUUGAGCAUUAAUGAGAGAAAAUCUCGCUCUUCCAAACUCAUACUAAAGCAAGAAUAAUUUAAUCUUGAAAAAGGAGAGUUGGGCCGAUUCGCCUUGGACAUUUGGUGUUUAGGAUUUCUCGUCUUUAGGAUAUCUAGUGUUUAGGACUUGGUGGCGCUGCGUUUGCAUUUUGGUCAUACUUGCGUUUGUCUGAAUGGGGUGGCCUUUCUAUAUAUUGCGAUGUUGUGUUCUCAAGGUAUAUGAUGUGCAAGGUUAGCUCUAUGAGUUGAUUUUCGGAUGUCGUUGGUGCUUGAGACGCAGGGACUUCUCAAUAUAGCGUGCUGCUUCCCGGUCAGCCGUUGUUUUGGGAGUAUUUGGGAAGGUCAGGAUCAUUCUUCUUACUUGCUCAUGUGAGGGGCGCAGUGUGGCUUUGGAUUUAUUUUAGCUUUUAGGUCGGUUCACGGAAGGAUGAUUGAGAUUUUUGAUUUUUGAUUUUUUUUGAUUUUUGGGACAGUUCACGGGAGGAUCAUGGGGUUUUUUGAAAUCAUGUUAGUUA